AGCUGGAGAUUUGGUAUUUUUUGGUAUUCCUCUGUAAAAAGGCAGAUUAAACUCACAAGUUGCAUCUGUCUUUAUAUAAAUACAUAGUUUUCUAGUUCUUCUUUUGUGCAUAAAUAGUUUUUGCAUGAGCGCCCCCUGCAGAUGUAGUCUGGUGAGUGCAGUUUGGGUCAGAUACACAGAUACAGAAGAGUUUCCAGAGCUUUUGCCACACCCCUUUUAGUCGACCAACUGACUGACAGCACAGGUUGCUGAGGGAGCAGGUGCUCUGCUCUGCGGUGGACUCCAAAACACCAGAACUUUACAACCGCUGCAAAGUAGAAGAGCUUCUGAUGAGUCCUGGGUUGAAAUAUGCCCAGCCGAGCACACUGAUCGGACGCACUGAUGUAAACUCAGUGACAAACUGGAACGCACCGCUGGUCUGGGAGGGGACCUUUGACCCCGUGGUCAUGGACAACAUCUAUAAACGAGAAAAUCCGAGGAUCGCUGUGCUGGUUUUAGCUGUUGGCAAGUACACUCAGUUUUUGAAAGGAUUUCUGGAGACGGGAGAGAAGUAUUUCUUUGUUGGAUUCAGAGUGACGUACUACAUCUUUACGGACAAUAAAGAAAACGUUCCGAAGAUUCCUCUAACUCAAGGAAGAAACAUCUCGAUCCACGAUGUGCCCAGUGCAAAUCGAUGGCAGGACGUGGUACUGAGCAAGAUGAAGUGGGCCAAACUUGCUUUAGAGACAUGGCUCCACAGAGAGGCUGACUAUCUGUUCAUGAUGGACGUGGACAGUGUUUUUCGUGGCCAUGUUGGAGCAGAGGCCUUGAGUCGGCUGGUUGGCACGCUCCACCGAGGAUACUACAGGACAACAAAGCGUGAGGACUUCCCUUAUGAGCGGCGUCCUGAGUCACAGGCGUACAUCCCGCCGACAGAGGGAGACUAUUACUACACUGCAGCCGUGUGGGGAGGGCUCCUGGACGACAUGUACAGGCUGGUCAAACACUGUGAUGAGAAAUCACAAGAGGAUGCUAAAAUCGGAGUGGAAGCAGCGUGGCAGGAAGAAAGUCAUCUCAACAAAUAUUUCCUGUACAACAAACCCACCAAAGUGCUGUCUCCAGAAUACCUGUGGUCAGACUACGAAGGGAGUAUUCCUGCUGACAUCAGGGUGGUCAGGAUCGCACAGUUGGUCAAGAACUACCAAGAAGUUAGGCCCAAUGGUGGAAACUAG